UGAGGAGGAGGAGUGGACGUCGGGUUUGGUUUUCAACGCCGUGGUCGUCGAGUCACACGUCUGCACGGAGUUGUGAUGCAACAGAAACGGAACAUGAAGUGACUUUCGGCGUUUAUUUUUGGGUCGCCGACCAUGCGCUGAAUCCACGCGUCGACGAUGAACGAGACAGUCGUGUACUUCUCGGAGCAGGUGGUCGUCCUGGUCUCCUGUGGUCUCUCCUUCCUGGGCUCCUCUCUGAUCAUCCUCACCUACAUUCUGUGGUCGGAUUUGAGGACCACCCCGAGGAAACUGCUGGUGUUCCUGUCCGUGUCAGACUGGCUCUCUGCCGUCUCGUACGCGUACGGCGUGUGGAGCGUUUUCCACAGGGACUCGACGGAGUGCGUCGUCCAGGGAGCGAUUUCCACCUUCGCCAACACGAGCUCUUUCUUCUGGACCGUAGCCAUCGCUGUCUACCUCUACAUCUUCAUAGUCCGCUCCAGCCAGAGGGUCGCGGACAGCCUGCAGCUGUCCUUCCACCUGGUCAGCUGGGGUGUUCCUCUGGUCAUCACUGUAGCGGCGGUGUGUCUCGGCAAGAUUGGCUAUGAUGCGUCGGAGGUGUCGGUGGGCUGGUGCUGGGUCAAGAUUAACAUCCACGACCGGGUUGUGUGGAUGCUGCUGACUGGGAAGAUCUGGGAGUUCAUGGCGUAUCUGACCCUCCCGGUGCUCUACAUCCUGGUCAGGAGACACAUCCACAUCGCCCAUGCUGCCCUGUCCGAGUAUCGCCCGAUCUUGGCCACCAGACUGCAGUCGCACCCCUUCACUUCCAUGGCUGACGUGAAACUGACACUCAUUCCAAUCAUCUUCAUCACUCUGCGCAUCUGGAGUACCGUGCGAUUUAUUCUGCUGCUGGCCGACUCGCCAGCAAGAUGGAACCCAGUGCUGGUCACUCUACAUGGGAUCGGGAACACUCUGCAGGGAGCCGCCAACUGUGUCAUGUUUGUAUUCUUCACACAACCGAUCCGGAGGCGGCUCUGCUCGACAUUCUGCUGCUGCUCCAAGUGCAGAACUGAGGAAUACUUACAGAGCGCCCCUCAGGGAGCGCUGCCAGAACAGGAGCCAUCCAUUACACCAGAAGAGGAUGGAGCGAGAUGAUGUGCGGAGAAUACUUUGGAGUUCAACAGCUAACUUGGCUCAGAACUUCUUCAUGUUCUUGUCUGUAGAUUGACUUUGUUAUAGAUACUAUUGUACGACUUCAGUUGGAGGCAUGGAUUUCUCAAUUUUGUAUGUUCCUAAUAGCCUGUAUGACUGAAUUGCUAGUGGAGAAAUGAAUAAAUAAUUUCA